AUGACAGCGCUGGAGUAUGCGCGACAAGGGAACAUGACACUUAAGUGUAACGUCUAUAGUUUCGGAGUUAUUCUCUUGGAGACACUCAGUGGGCGAAGGAAUUGUGGCAUGCAGGGCCUCCUUUCGCAUGCCUGCGGAUUGUGGGAGUCAAACAUGAUCGCGGAACUUCUGGACUCAACAAUGGUACCACUCUCUGAGUCCGAGCCUGAGCUCUUGUCCGAGCUGACACGAUGUAUCCAGAUUGGGCUCCUCUGUGUCCAGGAAACUCCUUGUGACAGGCCGACCAUGUCCGCCGUUGUUGCCAUGUUGAUGAGCACGACGUCGCAAAUUGACCGGCCAAGAAGAAUGCCGUCGUUGGAUUGCGAAGGAUUCAUGCCUUCAGAUUCGUCACAUGGGCCCGAGACGGAACUCUUGAGAUCAACUAUGAUCGAUUUGACGUAG